UGUGCCAAGAACAACUGCAAGUUUAAGGGUCGGGAGUUUCCGCGCGACGUGCCGUCAGGUCGGAGAUGCUUGAACAUAAAUACUCGCACCUGGACGAACACACUCUGCUCUUCUUACAGGACAUACUGCGCAUGGAUGGCGCGGAGCGGCCGACGUGCUCCCAGCUACUGCAGCAUCCUCUCUUCACUCACCCUCCCCUUCUCUCCCUGACAGGACAUACUGCGCAUGGAUGGCGCGGAGCGGCCGACGUGCUCCCAGCUACUGCAGCAUCCUCUCUUCACUCACCCCCCCCUUCUCUCCCUGACAGGACAUACUGCGCAUGGACGGCGCGGAGCGGCCGACGUGCUCCCAGCUACUGCAGCAUCCUCUCUUCACUCACCCUCCCCUUCUCUCCCUGACAGGACAUACUGCGCAUGGACGGCGCGGAGCGGCCGACGUGCUCCCAGCUACUGCAGCAUCCUCUCUUCACGCACGACGGCUUUGCCGCUGAGUUUCUCAUAGAGCUGAAGACGCUGGUGCGACGUGAGAUCGAGGCGAGCCGGCGGAUGCGCAUGUCAGCUCGCAGUGGCCGCGACGCAAACCCGCUCAGCCGCCGCAAAGUGAAGAAGGCCCUGCACAAGCGGUCUCAUGUCAACCUGAGCAAGUGGCAUCAGGAGGCGGAGCGAAAGUCGACCCUAAAUCUGACGAAGGAGCGAUUCAUGCCACCGAUACACAACGCCACGCAGCCCAGGAUGGAGAACCGCACUUCGCCAAGUAAGCAGCCGAAGGAUGCGGUCGUCAAGGCGACAGAGGCUGCGAAGCAGGCACGCCGCGACAAGGCCAAGGAAGAGAUCACGCUGCCCAAUCUAAAAGAAACCAACGAAGUGGUGUGUAGAGCAGCGAGCAAGCCGAGUAAGAAAGCAGUGCCGAUGAUGCCACACAUCACCACCCUCGCUCCGUUCAGCUCUAGCCAGGUGUCGCCAAAAAAGUUGUUGAAGCGAGUCGGCGUGAAACCAGCAUCGGACGGCGACGACCGGAUCGAAGACCAGGAGUGGAUGUAGGCAACACGACGACAUUGCACCGCGAAGCAGACGACGUGAUACUACGCUACGAGAUGCUGAGCGGAACUUUGUGUGGUGCGCCUAAGCUGCUGCAGAUGCAUGUUGAUAGAUGCGCACGCACGUACGCACGCACACACUCACGCACAUACAAAUUUACGUACGCACGCACACGCUCACACUAACUUACGUACGCAUGCACGCACGCAUAAGGAUGAUGCUUGAUGCGUACAUGGAGAGAGAAGAGAGAGAAAGAAAGAGCAACAAAAAGAAGGGAGGAAUUAAAAGAGAGAGAAAGAGA